CAAUCACUGAUUAAAUUGUAAUUUCUCCUUCUGUCUUCCUGGAAAGGUCCUACCUAGUUCUCAUUCAUUACCAUCAGUGAUCAGUUCCUUUUUCUCUCUCUUUAUUUCUUCGUCGCUCUUUCUCUCUCCUCUAGCCUCUAGAUCCGUGAAUUUACAGAAACUCGAAGAUGUCAUCACGUAGAAGAACACUCUUGAAGGUUAUAAUUCUCGGCGAUAGCGGAGUUGGGAAGACAUCUUUGAUGAAUCAAUAUGUGAAUAAGAAGUUCAGCAAUCAAUACAAGGCCACUAUUGGUGCUGAUUUUUUGACCAAGGAAGUGCAGUUUGAUGAUCGACUUUUCACUUUACAGAUAUGGGAUACGGCUGGACAGGAAAGAUUUCAGAGUCUAGGUGUUGCUUUCUAUCGAGGUGCAGAUUGUUGUGUUCUUGUAUAUGAUGUCAACUCUAUGAAGUCAUUUGACAAUCUCAACAACUGGAGGGAAGAAUUUCUCAUACAGGCUAGUCCUUCCGAUCCAGAAAACUUCCCCUUUGUUGUCAUUGGAAAUAAGAUUGAUGUUGAUGGUGGAAACAAUAGAGUGGUUCCUGAGAAAAAGGCACGGGCAUGGUGCGCAUCUAAGGGGAAUAUUCCUUACUUUGAGACUUCAGCAAAGGAGGGAUUGAAUGUUGAAGAAGCUUUCCAGUGCAUAGCAAAAAAUGCCUUAAAGAGUGGUGAAGAAGAAGAAAUAUACUUACCGGACACAAUCGAUGUUGCAAACAACAACCAGCCGAGGCCAAGUGGAUGUGAUUGUUAAGAAAAAGAGUUGUAUUCGAUUUUUAGGAGCUGCGCAACAAGUUUUUUUCAACUGGUAUAUUGUCGUUUUUGUGAAUUUCAGUUCGAGAUUUUCUUCAUUCAUACUGAAUCGAGUAGUUUUGUAUCUUACAAUUGUUCAUAUUCUGGACAUAAUUUUACAAACAUCUUGAAUUUCCAGAUGUGAAUAUGUGAUUCUCUUGUAAUUUUCAGUUUAAAUAAAGGAACAACUUGCAAGUGUAAAAGGUUUUUAUCUCCUAUUCUCCGUAUCUACACGUCCUGGGAAAAUCUAUUACACCUUGGAAAUUAUUUAAUAAAUUUUUUCUUUCAUUCAUUA